CGGGCCUCGGGCCUCGGGAGGGGGCGCUCGAUCCCAGCUCUCCGCGCCGCUUCCCGGGAAGUUUCAAGUUUGAAAGUCCUGGCAGAGAGGCCGGGGCUUCCGGAACCGAGGGGUCGAGAGGAGGGGCCGAGCGGCGCCAUGCAGCAGGGGGCGAGGCGGCAGGCCGGCGGGGUGCGAGGGUGAGCUGCAUGGCGGGAGGCGCUCAGCCCGGCGUCCAGGGUGAGCCCGGCCAGCGGCCCCUGGAGGAUGAGAAGGAGGUGAUCCGCCGGGCUAUCCAGAAGGAGCUGAAAAUGAAGGAGGGCAUGGAGAACCUGCGGCGCGUGGCUACAGACCGCCGCCACCUGGGCCAUGUUCAGCAGCUGCUGCGAUCCUCCAACCGCCGCCUGGAGCAGCUACACUGCGAGCUGCGGGAACUGCACGCCCAAGUCCUGCUGCCCGGCCCGGCUGAGCCUGUGGCCUCAGGCCCCCGGGCGAGGGCAGAGCAGUCCAAGGCUCGGCACCUGGAGGCCCUGCAGAGGCAGCUGCAAGUGGAGCUGAAGGUAAAGCAGGGGGCCGAGAACAUGACCCACACUUGCGCCAGUGGCACCCCCAAGGAGAGAAAGCUCCUGGCUGCUGCCCAGCAGAUGCUGCGGGAUUCCCAGCUAAAGGUGGCCCUGCUCCGCAUGAAGAUCAGCAGCCUGGAGGCCAGUGGAUCCCCUGAGCCAGGCCCCGAGCUGCUGGCCGAGGAGCUACGGCACCGACUACACAUUGAGGCUGCAGUGGCUGAGGGUGCCAAGAACGUGGUGAAGCUGCUUGGUGGCCGGAGGACGCAGGACCGCAAGGCCCUGGCCGAGGCCCAGACCCAGCUCCAAGAAUCCUCACAGAAGCUGGACCUGCUCAGGCUGGCCUUGGAGCGGCUGCUGGAGGGCCUGCCGCCCGGCCACCCUCUGCACAGCAGGGUGGCCCGGGAGCUGCGAAUGGCAGCACUUGGGAACCCACAGCCUUCAGGGACACUAGUGAAGCCCACCGCCCUGACAGGGACACUGCAGGUCCACCUCCUGGGCUGUGAGCAGCCACUUUCGGCCGUGCCCGGACGCUCCCCGGCGGCCGCGCUGGCCAGCAGCCCCUCCGAGGGUUGGCUUCGGGCCAGGGCCAGGCAGCAGCGCAGCGGAGGCGAGCUGACCAGUGAGGUGCUGGCUGUUCUGAAGGUGGACAACCGCACUGUGGGCCAGACGGGCUGGGGUCAGGCGGCCGAACGGUGCUGGGACCAGACGUUUGCCGUUCCUCUGGAGCGAGCCCGGGAGUUGGAGAUCGGAGUGCACUGGCGGGACUGGCGGCAGCUGUGCGGCGUGGCCUUCCUCAGGCUCGAGGACUUCCUGGACAACGCCUGCCACCAGCUGUCCCUCAGCCUGGUGCCGCAGGGCCGGCUCUUUGCCCAGGUGACCUUCUGUGACCCUGUGCUUGAGAGGCGGCCCCGGCUACAGAGGCAGAAACGCAUUUUCUCCAAACGCCGAGGCCAGGACUUCUUGAGGGCUUCGCAGAUGAACCUCAGCAUGGCCGCGUGGGGGCGCCUGGUCAUGAGCCUGCUGCCCCCCUGCAGCUCGCCAAGCACCACCAGCCCCCCCAAAGGGUGCCCUCAGACUCCAACUACACCCCAUGGGGCCUCCCAGCCUGCGUCCCCCGGUAAUGUGCCCAAGAAGACCCCCUUGGGAGAAGAGAUCCAGCCCCCGCCCAAGCCCCCACGCCUCUUCCUGCCCCAGGAGCCCACGCCGGAGGGGACACCGCGCACCAAACGCCCCCACAUGGAGCCGAGGACCAGACUCGCGCCCGCCCUGCCAGCGCCCCCCAGCAGGAAGCCCCCCCGGCUGCAGGACUUCCGCUGCCUGGCUGUGCUGGGCCGUGGGCACUUUGGCAAGGUCCUCCUGGUCCAGUUCAAGGGCACAGGGAGAUACUACGCCAUUAAGGCACUGAAGAAGCGGGAGGUGCUGAGCCGGGACGAGGUUGAGAGCCUGUACUGUGAGAAGCGGAUCCUGGAGGCCGUGGGCCACACAGGGCACCCCUUCCUGCUGUCCCUCCUCGCCUGCUUCCAGACCUCCAGCCACACCUGCUUCGUGACUGAGUUUGUGCAAGGCGGUGACCUUAUGAUGCAGAUCCACGAGGAUGUUUUCCCUGAGCCCCAGGCCCGCUUCUAUCUGGCCUGUGUGGUCCUGGGGCUGCAGUUCCUACACGAGAAGAAAAUCAUUUACAGGGACCUGAAAUUGGAUAAUCUCCUGCUUGACGCCCAAGGCUUUCUGAAGAUAGCAGAUUUCGGAUUGUGCAAAGAAGGGAUCGGCUUUGGGGAUCGGACGAGCACCUUCUGCGGCACCCCGGAGUUCCUGGCGCCCGAGGUGCUCACGCAGGAGACGUACACGUGGGCUGUGGACUGGUGGGGGCUGGGCGUGCUGCUCUAUGAAAUGCUGGUGGGCGAGUGCCCGUUCCCAGGGGACACGGAAGAGGAGGUGUUCGACUGCAUUGUCAACACAGACGCCCCGUACCCCCACUUUCUGUCAGCGCAAGCCCUUGAGCUCAUUCAGAAGCUCCUCCAGAAGUGCCCGGAGCAGCGCCUGGGCGCUGGCAAGCAGGACGCGGAGGAGAUCAAGGUCCAGCCGUUCUUUAGGACCACCGACUGGCAGGCCCUGCUGGCCCGAGCCGUGCAGCCCCCCUUCGUGCCCAUCCUCUGCGGCCCCUCGGACCUGCGCUACUUCGAGGGCGAGUUCACAGGGCUGCCACCUGCCCUGACCCCACCCGGCCCGCACAGCCCGCUGAGUGCCCGCCAGCAGGCCGCCUUCCGGGACUUCGACUUUGUGUCUGAGCGCUUCCUGCAGCCCUGAGGCCUGUAGUGAGGCCUGCCUGGACCCUAAGAACCUGCAGGUGCCUGCGGGUGCCCUGCCCAGCUGCAGGGCUCUCGGGUAUUGAGGAUCCUGUGGGACUCAAGGUGGUGGCCGUCGGGCUGCUGCGUGGGCUGUCACCACGCAGCGUCCCCUUCCUGUCCUCCCACCAAGAGCUGGACUGGAAAGGGUACCACAGUGAGGAGUGGCUUGGUUUGUCUUUUUAAUACUUGACUGGCUUUGUGGAUUAUUAAAUGUGUAAAAGUGCA